GAGAAAAAUUGAAAGAUGAUGAUAAGCGACAACAAUUUGAAGAGAGAGAAUGAGAGAUAAGCCAAAAAAGAAGUGAUUUUCCUUUUUUAAAUCUUAAAAUUCCAGUACUUUCCUGGUCACCCUCCUGACCUCCUCUAUUCUCGUGUGGUGUCAAUAUCUCUCUUUAAUUUUUGCCUCUCUGAGAAAAUUCAACUCUUCUCUUUACCGCAGUUACUUCGCUCAAUGCCUCAUCGGAUCUGGGGUUCCUUUGCUUUGCCAUAAAGGGUUACCUCGUCCUCUUUUCUGAGAAGUCGUUGGAAUCAGAAUUGGGGUCUUGGCAAUAGAGCUUGAUAAAGCAAGAUGGAAAGAGUUUGAUGGUAAUCUCAUGUUUAUUAAUAUUUUGAAACGUGUCUGAAGUGCAAGUUUGGGAGACACCUAAAUUGUGAUUGUGAGUUGAAUAGUACGUUGUCUUCUCGAUGAUUUAUGGUCAGUUCAGGAGGCCAGUUUGCAUUAUGGGUUAAAUUCAGGUGUUUGGUUGAGGUUGAAAUUUUGUAUGAUCUUCUGUGGCUCCUCUAAGUUUGCUGUGUAAUAAGGGAAGAGAAGUUGGACUGGGUUUGUGGCUUUGGGAAAUUUGGGAUGGAUCAUAAAAGUGUAAGAGAUGUUGAAGUUGAUCUUGAAAUAGGGUUAACUGUAAAUGAAGAUGAUUCGCAGAAAUUUACUCCAAGUAGUGCAGGAAAAGGAAAGACACUAUUUGCUAAGUUUUCUGGGGAUUAUAUAACGGGUGAUGAAAAGCCAAGUUCUUACUGCAGUGAAUCAAAUUUAAGUGGAGUUCCUAUGGUGGAUGUUUUGAAAGUGACUAGCAUGUCAGUGGCAAGGCAAGACUUAGUAGAUAGUGCAACAAAGACCGUGGUAAAAGAGAAACUUAAAAAAUCCAGUAACAAAAAGGCUCCCAAACCUCCAAGACCUCCACGAGCUCCGUCGUUGGAUGCAGCUGACCAGAAGUUAAUCAGGGAUAUCACUGAACUUGCCAUGUUGAAGCGUGCAAGGAUAGAGCGCAUGAAAGCCUUGAAGAAGAUGAAAGCUGUGAAAUCAACUUCAUCAAGCAGCAGCAUAUUUUCCAUGGUUUUCACUAUUGUCUUCUUUAUUGUAAUUAUAUUCCAAGGGAUGUCAUCAGGAAAAAGUUCAGUGGCAAGUUUCCAGGAAUCUCCUGUGCCUGCUGGAGGAAUAGAGGGUGGCACGACUUCACUUCAACACCAACUUAAUCCUGCUGCAAACUACUUGAACGCGCCUGGUUCAGAGUAUUACAAUUUUGUACAGCCAAUCGCAAAUUCAUAUUUGCCAGCAAAACAGCCAAGAGAUGCAGGGUAAUGCAGUUUAACCCAGAAAAAGUAAACAAAGAGGGGGUGAAAGUGCUCUCUGUGCUCCUUACGAGAAGCCAUUUUAUUUUUGUGUUUCAAUAUAGUUUAGUGUUCUUCUGUAUUGUAUUAAUCUGUGUGGGAAGGAGUAGUGCUGGCCAUGUUCUUCAUUGGCCUUGCCGCUGCCUCCUUUGGUGGUGGUGGUGCUUUGUGUUUGCCUCCUCUGUAACUUCAUGUUGCUAAGUUGCUUCAGAGAUGUUCAUAGAGUAAGUGAAUAUGGCAAAAGAAAGUUUUAGGGUUUGAGCAAGUUUUGCUUUUGAGGCUUCUGAAAUAGGUCAGCUUAGUUACGGGAACGUACGAGACUCAAACAAGGAAUAUGUAGGUUAUGUACAAAGCAUGUAAUGUCAACAAAUAAUUGCAAGUGUCGAGUCACGCACUUGAA